AAAUGCCGCUCCCGGCACCGCCGCUCAGCACUGCGGCCCCCGCGCAGCCCCCGCCGAGCCCCCGCCGAGCCCCCGCCGAGCCCCCGCCGUACCUGAGCCAGUACCGCGGCGGGGAGCGGCUCUGAGGCCGGUACGGUGCCCGCAGCAAGGAUGAAGCUCCUGCCGGUCGCUCCUCUCCUCCUGCUUGUCCUAACGACACUGGAAGCCAGGCCAAAACCUGCAGCCCUGAAGUGCAGGACGGGCCCCCUGGACAUCGUCUUCGUGAUCGACAGCUCCCGCAGCGUGCGCCCCUUCGAGUUCGAGACCAUGCGGCGCUUCAUGAUCGACAUCAUCGGCAACCUGGACGUGGGCCCCAACGCCACGCGCGUGGGGGUGAUCCAGUACUCCAGCCAGGUGCAGAACAUCUUCUCCCUCAAGACCUUCUUCACACGGGAGGACAUGGAGAAGGCCAUCAACAGCAUCGUGCCGCUGGCCCAGGGCACCAUGACGGGGCUGGCCAUCCAGUACACCAUGAAUGUGGCCUUCACGGUGCAGGAGGGCGCGCGCCCGCCGCACAAGAAGAUCCCCCGCAUCGCCAUCGUGGUGACCGACGGACGGCCCCAGGACCGGGUCACCGAGGUGGCCACGCAGGCCCGGGAUGCUGGCAUCGAGAUUUACGCGGUGGGCAUCCAGCGGGCAGACAUGACCUCGCUGCGGGCCAUGGCCUCGCCGCCGCUGGAGGAGCACGUCUUCCUCGUGGAGUCCUUCGAGCUCAUCCGGCAGUUCGGGAAGCAGUUCCAGGACAAGCUGUGCGGGGUGGACAUGUGUGUGGAGCGCGACCACGGCUGCCAGCACAGCUGCGUCAGCACCCCCGGCUCCUUCUACUGUGAAUGCAACCCCGGCUACCAGCUCAACGCAGACAGAAAGACCUGCUCCCCCAUCGAUGCGUGUGCCGACGGGAGGCACGGCUGUGAGCACCAGUGCGUCAGCGCUCGUGGGUCUUACUCGUGCCGCUGCCGUGCAGGUUACUACCUCAACCAGGACAAGAGGACCUGCAGCAUGAUUGAUUAUUGCAGCUUUGGGAACCACAGCUGCCAGCACGAGUGUGUGAGCAUCCCCAGCGGGCACCGCUGCCGCUGCCACCGCGGCUUCACACUGCAGCCCGACGGCAGCUCCUGCAGGGCCACCGACCUCUGCAACGGAGUGGAUCACGGCUGCAAGUUCAAGUGCGUGACCAGCGAGGGCUCGUACCACUGCGUGUGCCCCGAGGGGCAGCAGCUCCAGGCUGACGGGAAGGGGUGCAGCCGGUGCGGGGCUGGGCACGUUGACCUGGUGAUGGUGAUCGAUGGCUCCAAGAGCGUCCGGCCCCAGAACUUCGAGCUGGUGAAGCAGUUUGUGAACCGCAUCGUGGACCUGCUGGAGGUGUCCCCGCAGGGCACGCGGGUGGGGCUGGUGCAGUACUCCAGCCGUGUCCGCACCGAGUUCCCCCUCAACAAGUACCACAGCGCGGACGAGAUCAAGGAGGCUGUGAUGAAGGUGGAGUACAUGGAGAAAGGCACCAUGACCGGCCUUGCCCUCAAGCACAUGGUAGAGCACAGCUUCUCUGAGCUGGAAGGGGCCAGGCCCCUCUCCCACAACGUACCCAGAAUCGGGCUGGUCUUCACAGAUGGGCGCUCCCAGGACGACAUCUCUGAGUGGGCCAGGAGAGCAAAGGAGUCAGGCAUUGUCAUGUUCGCCGUGGGUGUCGGCAAGGCAGUGGAAGAGGAGCUGCGGGCCAUCGCCUCCGAGCCGGUGGAGCAGCACUUCUCCUACUCGGCAGACUUCACCACCAUGACCCACCUGGUGGAGAACUUCAAGCUGAACAUCUGCCCAGAGGAGGGCAGAGGGGAGACAGAGAUCCGGAGCCCAUGUGAGUGCGAGGCGCUGGUGCAGUUCCAGACGAACACCGUGGCCAUCCUGCAGAGCCUGACCGAGAGGAUUGCUCAGAUGACGGCCAGACUGGAAGCCUUGGAGAAGCAGAUUGCCCUCAAGAAGUGAUCCUCGCAGAGAGCCGCGGUGCUCGGGGAGGGCACAGGGACCUCCGGUAGCUACGUGGAGCUGUUAUUGCUAGAUUAUGUGUAAAGCAUCGUUGUUUGUUCUUGUAUCACAAAAUCACGAGGGGACGUGGAGUGUAUUUAAAAAAAAAGGAAAAAAAAAAAAAAAGAACUUGAGCAGAAGCCUUGCCACAAAGCAAAUGGGCUGAGCCCUUGCAGUUGCCUCGUUCCCCCAGCCUGAGAUGAGCUGGGCACUGGAAGAGGAGAUGUGGUGCAGCUCCUACAGCACCUGGCUCCAGCCCCAGUGCUCACCAAGGUGCUUUGUGAGAGAAAAACCCGGCGGUGAGGGCACCCGGAGAGCUGCUGUGGGCAGGGCGAGCCCAAGCUGCCGGCAGCAUGGGGCUGGACGGGGUGUAAGGGGCGUAAGCCCCUUGGCUGUGGGGACACAGCCCCAGCGUGCACCCAUGGGAGAGAGGGCAUCAGGAUCCCCUCGUCCCUGUUUUGGCAGGAUUGUUUGGGAAUUGGUCAUUAUCUUGUGAUUUUGUUUUUGUUUUUGUUUUUGUUUUUUUCAUCACAUAGCAAAAUGGUAAUAAUUCUUUCUAUAAAUAUCUACGUGUGUGUACAUAUAUAUUUCAUGUCGAGAGCAGGGUAGUGCUAUUUUUAAACACUUAUUUUAUAUAUGGAAAUUUCUAUCUUGACAAUAAACACCCUGGAGAUUUGUA